GAAAGAAGAAGAAGAAGGUGCUAGAACAAUAUUUUCGAAAUCGAAACAAAAGAAAAAGACAGAGACUUUAAUCAAAACACUUGCUUCCUUCCAUACCUAAACCAAAUCACACUCUUUGUCUCCUCUCUCUCGCAGAUCGUAAAGGUAUGGAUGCGACGAAGCUUAGCGAACUCAAGCUCUUCAUCGAGCAGUGCAAGUCUGACCCUUCCCUUCUCUCUACACCUUCCCUCUCCUUCUUCCGCGACUAUCUCCACAGUCUUGGUGCUAAGAUUCCCACUGCUGGUAAUGAAGAACACAAAGACUCCAAAGCGAGGAGUUUCGUAGUGGAAGAAGAGAGUGAUGAUGAUAUGGAGGAAACUGAAGAAGAGGACGAGAUUGUUGAAUCUGAUGUGGAGCUUGAAGGAGACACUGUUGAACCUGAUAAUGAUCCUCCUCAGAAGAUGGGUGAUGCAUCAGUGGAAGUGACCGAUGAGAACCGCGAAGCUGCUCAAGAAGCUAAGGGCAAAGCCAUGGAGGCUCUCUCUGAAGGAAACUUUGAUGAAGCAAUUGAGCAUUUGACUCAGGCGAUAACGUUGAACCCUGCAUCAGCUAUUAUGUAUGGAAACAGAGCUAGUGUCUACAUUAAGCUGAAGAAGCCAAACGCUGCUAUUCGAGACGCAUACGCUGCUUUGGAGAUUAACCCUGAUUCUGCCAAGGGAUACAAGGCGCGAGGCAUGGCUCGUGCCAUGCUUGGAGAAUGGGCAGAGGCUGCAAAAGACCUUCACCUUGCGUCUACCAUAGACUAUGAUGAGGAAAUAAGCGCUGUGCUCAAGAAGGUUGAGCCAAAUGCUCAUAAGCUUGAGGAGCAUCGUAGGAAGUAUGACAGACUACGGAAGGAAAGAGAUGACAAGAAGGCUGCACGUGAUAGACAACGUCGCCGCGCUGAAGCUCAGGCUGCCUAUGAUAAAGCUAAGAAAGAAGAACAAUCAUCAUCAAGCAGACCAUCAGGAGGCGGUUUCCCAGGUGGUAUGCCCAGUGGAUUCCCCGGGGGUAUGCCUGGUGCAGGCGGUUUCCCUGGAGGUAUGCCAGGGGGAUUUCCGGAAGGAAAGCCUGGUGCAGGCGCUGGUGGUAUGCCUGGUGGUGUUGACUUUAGCAAAAUAUUGAACGAUCCUGAGCUAAUGACGGCAUUUAGUGACCCAGAAGUCAUGGCUGCUCUUCAAGAUGUGAUGAAGAACCCUGCGAAUCUAGCCAAGCAUCAGGCGAACCCGAAGGUGGCUCCAGUGAUUGCAAAGAUGAUGGGCAAGUUCGGAGGAGCACCUAAGUAAAAAAAAAAACAGAACAGCUUUUGUCUUUUGCAAUUUAUGUGGUAACUUCGUGAGAUGAGUGAUAUGUUGGGGAUCUUUUUGUAUUUUGUAUUUUCGUUGUGAGAGAAGUUUGAACAGAAACAUCACUCUUUUACAAGUUCGUUAAUAAUAUUAUCUCAUGUUCGUUUU